UUUGUUUUUUUCUAGAAUCUAGCUGCAGUUCAGCUGGAGUACAGCAGGGGGUGCUUGCAAGAUACUUCUUAAUGAGCAGGAGUGAAGACCGCAAAAUGGAUACAAAUAAAGUUCAAAGUGAAGUUCAAGCCUGCUUCUCUCUCUAUCUGAUGAUCAUGGUGUUGAAACCAAACCAAGCAGCACUGCUCUUCACUCAGCUAUUAGUGGUGUGGCAUGUCUUUGCAGAGUUUGUUGAAAAAGGACACAGAGGUGUGAUGGUGAUCACAGGAGAUUCUGUGACCCUGACUUGCAACAUAUCUGAGGAAAAUGCAACACAAAUCUCCUGGACCAACGGCAGAUCUGUUUUUCAACAUUCAAUUGUGCUGAAUCGCACCUUUUCAAAUUUCUCAUUUUACAAACUGAAAAUAAACCAUCAGUUACCUCCAGAGAUAACUGUUUUUAGUGCUCAAGCUGAGGAUGAAGGACUUUAUACAUGUAGCAUAACUGGCAAAGAUGGCCUACACAGCAUUACGUGGAAUUUAACUGUGUCUGAGAAGCCCAAAAAAUCCAUUUCAAAGUAUUUUCUAUCCAUACUAUCACCUGCAAUUGGAUUCAUUCUAUGUGGCAUCAUGUUGGCUGUUUUCCUCUGCAGAAAAGGUAUGACGAGGACACUGAAUCAGGAUCCAGUCGAGGAUCAAUUUCCUCCUGAGUCCGAAGAGGGUACCACUGCUCAUUUGAAAAAUAACACAUGGAGGAGUCAAUAUACAGAGUUGCAGAAUUCAAUCUAUGGUCACUUCUGAGCUGACGAGACAUCCACAUAUACAGUUACACCGAGACUUGGACAUUUUUCUGUUUCAAAGCAGGAACUGCAAGGGAACACAAUCAGAGGGAGGACAACACUGCUACUGUAGCCUCUUCAGGCCAAGGGCCCACCUCUGGCUUCGAGCAUGGCAGUUUCAAUCAUUCACAUCCCUGUUUUUAGAAGAAGCGGGCAAUUAGAAGAAAGUUUGCAUUAUAGGAAGGAGGACAGGACCUUGCUGCCCACUUCUCCGCACACUGUCUUCUCCUUGCUUUGGUUUACCAACUCCUUAUCCCACCAAUGGCAGCUCUGUCAUCUCUGCUUCUCACAUACACCUCUGACUUAUUCUCCCAGUUCUAUGUGCUCUAUGUGUGAAUGUUUAGCAGCUUGACCUAUGACCUACUUAAAUUAAUAUAAUGCUUUACUAUCGUUAAUACAACUAAAUCCCUAAUACUACAAUAACCUAUUCUUACACUAGUCAGCUUUAAUUCAGAUCAUGUUAUUGAAAUGAAGAUUGCUUGGAAUUGUUUUAAAACGUCUUGAAAUUAAAAUUGAGACCUAAACUCAUUAACACAAACCACCGCCCCGUCUGGCCAUAUGCCAUUCUUUGAGCCACGAGACCCUGUUAGUACCAUAUACUGCAGUAUAAACAACACUGAAGGUAUGUCACAUCUUGUGGCCCUAUCCCAGUUGUUCUGAAAUACAUUGCUACCAUCAAAUUCAAAAAGAGUUUUUUAAAACUGUUUUUUAAAUGAAAAAGUAAAAUAUUCAUUUAAACACUUGCUGGAAUUUUCAUUUUCUACUGUCAAUAAAAUCAGAGUUUAUGAGAUGUGGAAAUUAUUGCAUCCUGUUUUUAUUUAAAAUUUAAAAAGCAUCCCAACAGCAUCAGAACUUAGUUUGUAGAACAAAGUUUAGUGUUAUUCAUAAACAAUUUGAAAUAAAAUGCCGCAUG